CGCGCCCCAGGCGUCACUCGGCUCCUUCGACUUUGAGACAAGCAGUCUGUGUCAUUUCUCUGAGGAAACCUCUGCACCUCUGCAACCAUGUCUGACAAACCUGAUGUGAAAGAGGUCGAAACCUUCGACAAAACCAAACUGAAGAAGACUGAGACUCAUGAGAAGAACACGCUGCCGACCAAAGAAACCAUCGAUCAGGAGAAAUCUGAGUCCUCAUGAAGUCCAGCCCUCUCAUGCACUGAACAUUCCACAUGCUUCGCCAACUUCAUCCCCAUUAUGUGUAUUUGAAGAUGUAGCACUUACAUUGUGGCAAUGUUUGCAAAUUCCUUACUUCAACUCGAUGAGAUGUCUUUAUAAAAAUGGCCUCGUGUGGGGAUCUGGUCAUCUGUAAGGUUUGCAGUGUGCCAUUAUGCUGGCAUGUCAGGAAAUGUAAUGGACUUUAUGAUUCUGUUGGUCUGCUCCGGCCACUGAAUGCUCACUAAAUAUUCCUUGUCAACCUGAAAUGCACAUGUUUAAAUAUGCAAAAUAAAAUCAUACAAAAUGUC